AUGACAACAGCAGUUUUUGACUUUGGUACAAUAGUUGAAGUUGUGAACUAUGGUCAUCAAAAUGUUGUAAUAACUCUAAUAGGGCAUACCAGUGUAGCCCAUAUGUAUUUGCUUACAGUUCUUAUACAGGUAAAUGUAUGUAUGUGUCUAAUACACACACUGUUUAUAAACGUCACAUCAGUUCAUGCUGUAUCAUCGCUCAGCAUCUCAUUAACAGUUGACUUGUCCAAUACCAGUUAUGUUUGGUUAAUAAACAAAUUCAUACACACAUCCAAGUAUACCAAAUUUUUUGUUGCUUACCUAUGCAAGAUAAGUUUUCAGGCAGCAGUCGUCAGUGUGUGUAUGGGAGUUGAAGACUUGGAUCUCUUGCACCAUCAGCUAAAAGCUUGUAAAAUGGAAAAUGAGCAGCUAUUGAGCUUAAUCUCUAAGCAAAAUGCUGAAAUUAUAGACCAGAGAAACACAUUGUCACAAUUAAGUGAAUUAAGAGUUCUUGAACUAGAAGGAAAGUCUCUGGAAUCUGUGAAGGAAGAGGCACUUUUACUGCAAAAUCAAUUGCAAGCUGAAAGGCUAAGAUUCCAGAGCAUGAGAGACUUUCUUCACAGGCUGCAAAUAAAUACUGAAAAUGUUGUGAAAGAAGCAGCACAGGCAGCAGUUAGUGAUGAUAGGCUUAAAAGAAUGGGAGAAGUUCAUUUGUUAGAAAAUCAGUAUAAAGCACAGAAGAUGGAAAGUGAAAAGUUAUGGAGGCUUAUUGCUAGCUUCAAAUCUGAUAUUGAAACACUGAGGACUGUAUUGCCAGAUAACAUUAUUGAAGUAUCAACCACAAUUUGUGAACAUGGUAGUACUUCAGAGGAAAUGCAAAAUUUGUGCAAUGAACUGAUUGCAGCUAAAGAAGAAAAUAGGAGACUUCAAGACAUUGUGGAUAAUCUCAGAAGAGGCAUUGACACAAUGCAGCAUAAACUAACAGAAAUAAAUAUUGAAAAUGAUCAUAUUCUGAUGCAGAAUCAGAGGAGUUCAUCCAUUCUCUCUUCUGGAAGGCAUGAAAAUGGACAUCUAAAAGUUGAAGUGGAUGACUUGACGUCUAGAUUGACAAAAUUUGUGACAGUUUAUCCAGAACAAAGCAAGCUAUCUGCUGACACAGAUAGUAUUAAGGAACUGACUAAAGAAGUCAGAUGCCUCCAUGAGAAAUUAAUAGUAAAUAUAACAAACUGCACUGUUGAAACCAUCAAGGAGGAAAAUUUAAGAUUAGAGAAACUUCUAAAGCAAAGAGAGUCAGAAAUUGCAGCACUUAGGGAACAAACGUCUGAAGAGGAUAAGAAAUGCACAUUAUGCACAUGUUGUGCUGCUAAUGAUAAAAUAUUGAAGAAAUUAGAUGAACUAGAAGCUCAUUUAAUGCCUUUGAUGUCAGAUAUAUACAAUCUGAGACAGAAAACAUCUGCAAAAGGACCGCCCACUCAUUUGGAAAUCCCUAUAGAGGUAAUUAGUGCAUCCAGAAAGAUAGAUGUAGUUCAAAGUAUUGACUCUUCAGAUGAUGAAUCAGGUACAAAGAAACUUUUAAGUCAUCUGGCAGCUGAAAAUGAAUUACUAAAGAAACACCUUGAAAGAAGGACUACAUAUACCCCUGAAAUAAUGCAUCAGCUGCAAGAAGAAAAAGAGUUACUCGAAAAACAACUUAAAUCUACAACGCAAAUUAGGGAAAGUAUCACCAAGAAAUCAAUCAAAUUUGCAGAGAAACCUGUGGACAUAAUUGAAAUACCACAGCAACAAAGUGUUGAUAUACCACAUAUUGCUGAAGUAGCUCAAAAGAGUUUUGGAACAUCCAUUGCAGAAGAUGAAGAGGAAAAGAUGAUUAAUGAACUGACAAAUGUAAUUGAAUUGUUGAAAAAGCAGCUUAAUGAUGCAAAUAAAACAAUGAGUCAGCUACAAGAAGAAAAUGAAUUACUCAAAAAUCAGCCUGCUACUGCAGAAGUAGACAAUGAAAGGAUUUUUAAUGAAUUGAGAAAUCACACUGAAUCAUUGCAAAAGCAGCUUAGUGAUGCAACUGAAACAAUGGUUCAGCUACGAGAAGAGAAUGAAUUACUCAAAAAACGACGAAAAACAACCCGAAUAAUGGAAAGUGUUCCAGUAGAAAUAAUCAAAUAUGUAGAGAAACCUGUGGAAGUAAUUAAAGCAUCACAGCAACCAUCUAUUGAUAUACCACAUAUUUUCGAAGUAGCUCAAAAGAGUGUUGGAACAUCCAUUGCAGAAGAUGAAGAGGAAAGGAUGAUUAAUGAACUGACAAAUGUAAUUGAAUUGUUGAAAAAGCAGCUUAAUGAUGCAAAUAAAACAAUGAGUCAGCUACAAGAAGAAAAUGAAUUACUCAAAAAUCAGCCUGCUACUGCAGAAGUAGACAAUGAAAGGAUUUUGAAUGAAUUGAAAAAUCACACUGAAUCAUUGCAAAAGCAGCUUAGUGAUGCAACUGAAACAAUGGUUCAGCUACGAGAAGAGAAUGAAUUACUCAAAAAACGACGAAAAACAACCAGAAUAAUGGAAGUAGCUCAAAAAAGUGUUGGAACAUCCAUUGCAGAAGGUGAUGAUGAAAGGAUCAUUAAUGAACUGACAAAUGUAAUUGAAUUGUUGAAAAAUGAACUUAGUGAUGCAACUAAAACAAUGAGUCAGCUACAAGAAGAAAAUGAAUUACUCAAAAAUCAGCCUGCUAUUGCAGAAGUGGACAAUGAAAGGAUUUUGAAUGAAGUGAGAACUCGCACUGACUCAUUGCAAAAGCAGCUUAGUGAUGCAACUGAAACAAUGGUUCAUCUACGAGAAGAGAAUGAAUUACUCAAAAAACAACGAAAAACAACCAGAAUAAUGGAAGUAGCUCAAAAGAGUGUUGGAACAUCCAUUGCAGAAGGUGAUGAUGAAAGAAUCAUUAAUGAACUGACAAAUGUAAUUGAAUUGCUGAAGAAUGAGCUUAGUGAUGCAACUAAAACAAUGAGUCAACUACAAGAAGAAAAUGAAUUACUCAAAAAUCAGCCUGCUAUUGCAGAAGUGGACAAUGAAAGGAUUUUGAAUGAAUUGAGAACUCGCACUGACUCAUUGCAAAAGCAGCUUAGUGAUGCAACUGAAACAAUGGUUCAUCUACGAGAAGAGAAUGAAUUACUCAAAAAACGACGAAAAACAACCCGAAUAAUGGAAGUAGCUCAAAAGAGUGUUGGAACAUCCAUUGCAGAAGGUGAUGAUGAUCGAAUCAUUAAUGAACUGACAAAUGUAAUUGAAUUGUUGAAAAAUGAGCUUAGUGAUGCAACUAAAACAAUGAGUCAGCUACAAGAAGAAAAUGAAUUACUCAAAAAUCAGCCUGCUAUUGCAGAAGUGGACAAUGAAAGGAUUUUGAAGGAAUUGAGAACUCGCACUGAAUCAUUGCAAAAGCAGCUUAGUGAUGCAACUGAAACAAUGGUUCAGCUACGAGAAGAGAAUGAAUUACUCAAAAAACGACGAAAAACAACCAGAAUAAUGGAAAGUGUUCCAGUAGAAAUAAUCAAAUACGUAGAGAAACCUGUUGAAGUAAUUAAAGCACCACAGCAACAAACUGUUGAUAUAGCACAUAUUGCUGAAGUAGCUCAAAAGAGUGUUGGAACAUCCAUUGCAGAAGGUGAUGAUGAAAAGAUCAUUAAUGAACUGACAAAUGUAAUUGAAGUGCUGAAAAAUGAGCUUAGUGAUGCAACUAAAACAAUGAGUCAGUUACAAGAAGAAAAUGAAUUACUCAAAAAUCAGCCUGCUAUUGCAGAAGUGGACAAUGAAAGGAUUUUAAAGGAAUUGAGAACUCGCACUGAAUCAUUGCAAAAGCAGCUUAGUGAUGCAACUGAAACAAUGGUUCAGCUACAAGAAGAGAAUGAAUUACUCAAAAAACAACAAAAAACAACCAGAAUAAUGGAAAGUGUUCCAGUAGAAACAAUCAAAUAUGUAGAGAAACCUGUGGAAGUAAUUAAAGCACCACAGCAACAAAGUCUGGAAAUACCACAUGUUGCUGAAGUAGCACCAGAUGUAGACACUGGACGGAUCUUUAAUGUACAGAGAAAUCAGAUUGAGUCAUUGGAAAUGCAGCUUAGUGAUGCAAUUGAAAGAAUGAGUCAUCUACAAGAAGAGAAUGAAUUACUCAAAAAACAAUUAGAUACAACACAAAUUAAGGAAAGUGUUCCUAAAGAAAUCAUCAAAUAUGUAGAGAAACCUGUGGAAGUAAUUAAAGCACCGCAGCAACAAAAUGUUGAAAUACAAGGUAUUUCUAAAGUGGAACAACUGACUGGUGGAACAUCUACUGCAGAAGCAGAAAAUGAAAGCACUCUUGAUGAACUGAGAAGUCAAAUUGAGUCAUUGCAAAAGCAGCUUAGUGAUGCAAAUAACAUGAUUAAAAGUCUUGAAAGUACCCUUAAUGAACUGAGAAGUGAAAAUGAAUCAUUGAAAAAUGAGUUAAGUAGUUCAAAUGCCAAGGUACUACAGCUUGAGGAUAUAAUUAGGAAGCUUACAGAUGGAAAUGAUGCUCUUAAAUCAAUGCAAAUUAAAGAUGAAAUAUCAACAUCAGUAAAACAAAUUCCUGCUGACAAAAUCAUGGAGACUGUUCCACAGGUAUUGGCAGCUCCAGAAUCAUCCUCUGUAGAGUCUGAAAGUGGAAUGGUCAUCAGACAGCUCAAAACAGAGAAUGAGUCAUUGAGGAAAGAUCUUGAGGAUGCAAGAAAGGUCUUACAUACGACAAGUGAUGAUGAAAGUGAAUAUGAGAAAACUAUUACUGAGCUCAGAACUGAAAAUGAGCGACUACUAAAAGAAAUCGAAGAGGCAAGAGUGAAGCGUCAAAGAGAUCCAGAUAGCACAAAAAUUAUUAAUCAGAUGAAUCAAGAAAAUGAAAUGUUGAGAAAACAGGUUGAAGAUCUAAAAAUGGCUCACGCUAGACGAUCUACUGUAGGCACUAUUAGUGAUAAAGCAUAUGAACAAUUAAUGAAAGAUAAUGAAGCAUUGAGACAAAAGCUUGAAAAUGCAAGAGCGAGCAUAGGCCUGCAGCCCACAAGUGUAACACAUGAAGCAGAUGUUGUUCAACUAAGAAUAGACAAUGAAACAUUGAGAAAACAGCUUGAAGAUGCACGAAAAUUGGCACAGAGUAGUCAAGAACAAGUAUUGUUUGCUGAAACUGAUGACACACAAAUUAUCGAUCAGUUAAGGGAAGAGAAUGAAUUUUUGAAGAGGAGGCUUGAGUCCUUAACUGAUAUUACAAGCAGCAGUGCAAAAGAAGUUGUGAAGUACGUGGAAAAACCUGUGGAAAUAAUUAAAACAGACAUAGAUAGUGAAAAAAUUAUUAAUGAACUAAGAAAUCAGAAUGAGUCACUACAGAAUGAACUUAAAGAUGCAAAUACCAUUAGAAGGGAACUUGAAGAGGAAGUCAGGAAGUUCAAAGAUGGAAAACAGACACCAUUACUCCAAGCAGAGCAAAUUGCAUCAUUUGAUGAAAAAAGCAGAGAGAAAGAGAUGAGUCAGCUUAUGGAAGAUAACAAGUUAUUGAACAAACAACUUCUUGAUGCAACAAGUACAAUUGAAGAACUUACAGUGAAUGUCACUAAUCUCAAAGAUGAAAUCCAGAGACUUCAAUCUAGAAAAAUAUCUGAUCUGCCAUCGAUAGUAGAGGACCAUACCCAAGAAUUUCAGAAACUGGAGGCUGAACUACAAGCUCUCAGAGAUGAAAACAGACGUCUGCAUAGAGACAAUGAAAAGCUUUCAUUAGAAGUAGAGACUCUGACAGAAGAGCAAAUCCCAUCUACAGUUGCACUGUGGAAAACUGAAGAGAAACAACUGGAAACAGUUGUAGAUGAUCAAAAGCGGCGCAUUACUACUCUACUUUCAAAAAUGGGCAAGAAAGAACAUCCAGGAGAGGUCGCUGCCUGGACACGUGAGAGGGAACAUCUCCUAGAUACAAUUAGGCAGCUGACAAAAGAAGCAAAAGAAGCAAAAGAGGCAUAUGAAGAGAAAGAAGAAAUGGAAGAUGUUCAUUCAGUUGAUUAUUUAUAUAUAUUUAUAUUUAAAAAAAACAUCUCUUAUCACACUAUAGUACAGGUGGGGAUGUGGAAGGCAGAUUGUGAUAUAACAAUACAUAACCAUAAGCUCACUAAACUGAAAAGCUUACUAGGGACAGUGCUAUUUACACCACAUUGA